CUGACGAUGGCAAGGAUGUCAUUCCCACCUUACAAGGAAAUUGUAACCACAAGCAGAACUCAGGUGCCAUAGAUGACUUAUUAGAUCUGCAACCUGAAGAAAAUGCUUCAAAAGAUCAGUUUGUGAGGUCCUUGGAGUCAGAACCUGGUGAUAAGGAUGACAUGGUAUUACUGAAUGAGAUCCUCAACGCUUCCUCCCUGGACGAGGGGGAAUUCAGCAAAGAAUGGACAGCUGUUUUUGGACAGGUUGCACUUGCUGAUCUCACCAUGAACUCUUCAGCUGGAGAUACGGAGAACACUUCAUCUGUGGCACCAACACCAUCAGGCUUCUUGCCCUCACAGCUGUUAGACCAAAACAUGAAUGACUUGCAGUCAUCUUUACAUGGAUGGGCAGCUAACAGUGUGAGCCCACCGUCUAUACCACAGCCCGCACAGAAACCAAACAGCCUGAAUGUGAAUGCUAACAAGAUGCCCGUGAAAGAACCUACAAAGAAUCCUAAAGACUUGACUGCCUGGUUCAGUCUCUUUGCUGACCUUGACCCGUUAUCCAAUCCUGAUGCUGUUGGGAAAACGGAUAAAGAACAUGAAUUGCUUAAUGCAUGAGUCAGCUGCCUAUGGUAACUCACAUUCUUCCAUUCAUCAACACUAUUUUGGGGUUAAAAAAAACUAAAUGAAAACUAGUAUGCUGUUGUGAAACUAUAAAGUAUGUGCCAUGAUAAUUAAAGGGAAUGAAUCCCCUUUUAUAUAGGUACAGUUAUUUGCUCUUGUUUUGUAUAAAGAGUUCACAUUUAUUUUCUACGUGGAUUUACAAAAAUGAGGUUAAGAAUUAGGGCAGAUUUCUUGCCAAAUUAGAUUAUCUGCUGAAACACUGUCUUUGCCUGAGGUGAUGCAGAGCUAACACUGGAGUGAAACACAAAUUGCGAACCUAUUUUUUUAUAAUGUUUCUCGAGUAAAUUAAAACAAAAAAAUCAUGUAACUGAGGAGGCUGCAUGAGUCAAACAUCUAUCCUGUAUAUAAGAUAUAUAUUACUGCUAUGUUAAGAUGUCAACUAAAUUUGUUUUGUUAGUACUCACAGUGAAAAAUCUGUGCUGGGGCUAAUUACUGAAGAAAUACAUUUGGGUCUGUGCAGCCAUGGAAAUUGUGCCCUUUCUGAUUUAACUUAUUAGACAAACUGCACUACAUAAACAGAAGUCAUGCCCAGCAGGCUUCGUUUCUGAGGUUUUUCUCCACUGCACCAACAGAAUUUGCACCUGUUUGCAGAAGUUUCUUGCAACUGAUGCUUUAUCAUGCCUUCAAAACAUUCGUAUUUCUGUUCGGAGUAUUUUUCAUCCAAUUUAUUUCUGAAGCAUGUGUUAUUUUGAGCUUGUUGUGACAUUAACUCUUUAAUAAAAUGAUUUUGACAAAAA